AUGGAACAUCGUUUGUCUUCAACAAACACACAUUAUGCACCACGCUCGGAUGUGCCGGUUCUGGUCUCGCAGACUGUUUCGUCAUGUUAUCCCUCCGACUGGGAUAAAUCUAUUCCAGAAAGUCGUCUAAAUUUCAGUCCAGCUGUUUGUCCCAGCGGAAUGAUCUAUCAUCAGAUGGGAGACGGGUUCGACCUCUGGGACAGUUCAUUCGAUGACAACUUCCACGCCGUAAAGAAUGCUCGUACUCCGAAUCAAUGUGUACGUACCAGUCCAGAAGAGCCAACGACCACCACGAAAGGCUCAAGGUCGCAGAACAGUAUCACGUCAGCAGAUAUCACCACGACCAUAAUGGUACACGAGGCAUGGAUGUUAACUUGGGCUGCAUCGGAUCGGUCGACCUUGUCGCCAAAUCUGCCCGAUUUGACUAAUGGAACGACUCUACCGACCUGGGUUCCUGGCGACAAAAUCCCCGAUGGAGAGUAUGAUGAUACAUCUUCCCGCGAAAAGAAAUCCGCUCAAAGGGAUAACCAUUUGAUCCUCACUGUAGGGCUUGUUGGUGGGGCAGCAUUGUUUCUUAUAGUAGACGGUCUGAUGAUUUGUUGUAUGUGCACCACAGACGAGAGAAAGAAGAACAAAAGGGAGACUGAGACUUCACGGAUAAGAAUGGUCAGAGUACUUAAUGCACGGCCACAGAAUUGA